GACAGAGGCUUGGAGACCCGAGCGCUCCACUCUUCACCCCUGCGUGCCCCACGCCCUCUUGCGCGCGUGCGCAGAGGCGGACCGCAGGGUGAGGGCGGGAGGGAAGGGCGGGCAUACGUCCUUGCGUGCGUCUCAGGCAGCGCGCACGCCGGCGUGAGAGGGCACGGGGAAAAGGUGGCUAAGGCUGGGGCGGCUCGGCUUCCUGGGGCUAUGUAGCUGAGCUCGUUGGCUCCGGGGUCCUUCUUCAUUGCCCUAGCCGUGUGCUAGCGCCGGAGUUUCUGUUCCGGAGAGAUUCUGCUCUUACGCCCGUCGCGCUCCCUUGACGGCAGAGCUCGCUUGCUCGCCCGUGGGAGCGUCCCGGCCGAGCAGCCCUGAAGGGGGAGGGGAGGCCAUUUUGUCCCGACCGACUCCCCGGAACCGGGCGGAGCGGCUGGGAGAGGCUGCGGAGCCGCGGUCGCCGCCCUUGGAGGCACCGGACGCCGCUCCCGUCGGGGCUUCCUCGACGAGGCUGUUCGUAGGUUCCCUGCGCCUUCUUGAGUAUUCCUUUUCCCCCCACGCUUCCCUGGUCCUCCGGCCUGAGAACACCCGGGAGAGGAGUUGGCGGUAGUGAGAGGGACCGAUCCCUUGGGGCCGCCGGCGGCGAGAGCCUGAGCCGCUCCUCCCAAUGGCGAAGAAGACGUACGACCUGCUUUUCAAGCUGCUCCUGAUCGGAGACUCGGGAGUGGGGAAGACCUGCGUCCUUUUUCGUUUUUCGGAUGAUGCUUUCAAUACCACCUUCAUUUCCACCAUAGGAAUAGACUUUAAGAUCAAAACAGUUGAAUUACAAGGAAAGAAGAUCAAGCUACAGAUAUGGGAUACAGCAGGCCAGGAGCGAUUUCACACCAUCACAACCUCCUAUUACAGAGGAGCAAUGGGUAUCAUGCUAGUAUAUGACAUCACCAAUGGUAAAAGUUUUGAAAACAUCAGCAAAUGGCUUAGAAACAUAGAUGAGCAUGCCAAUGAAGAUGUGGAAAGAAUGUUACUAGGAAACAAGUGUGAUAUGGAUGAUAAAAGAGUUGUACCUAAAGGAAAAGGAGAACAGAUUGCAAGGGAGCAUGGUAUUAGGUUUUUUGAGACUAGUGCAAAAGCAAAUAUAAACAUCGAAAAGGCGUUCCUCACAUUAGCUGAAGAUAUCCUUCGAAAGACCCCAGUAAAAGAGCCCAACAGUGAAAAUGUAGAUAUCAGCAGUGGAGGAGGUGUGACAGGCUGGAAGAGCAAAUGUUGCUGAGCGUUCUCCUGGUCCAUCAGUUGCCAUCCCCGUUUUCUCUUCUUGCUGCAAAAUAAACCACUCUGUCCAUUUUUAACUCUAAACAGAUAUUUUUGUUCCUCACCUUAACUAUCUAGUCCACCUAUUUUAUUUGUUCUUUCAUCUGUGACUGCUUGCCUACUCUUAUCAUAAUUUUCUUCAAACAAAAAACUGUAUAGAAAAAUCAUGUCUGUGACUUCAUUUCUAAAUGUACUUGCUCAGCUCACCUCUGCAUUUCAGUUGUAUUAUAGUCCAGUUCUUAUCAGCAUUAAAACUUACAGCGAUCAUUUCAAAUCUAUUCUGCAAAUUGUAUAAGAAUAAAAAUUAGAAUUAACAAUUUUAUUUCGCACAACAGUGGAAUUUUCUGUCAUGGAUAAUGUGCUUGAGUCCCUAUAAUCUAUAGACAUGUGAUAACAGAAGAAAAGCCAGGAAAACACUCAUUCUCGCCUUGACUAUGUAAAUGGAUUAAUUUUGUCCUGUGCCUUAUGUGGAAAGGAAUUUCUUUGGUUUUCCUUUUUUGUUAUGGUGGAAGCAUGUGCAGGAGACGUAUCAUCCAAACAUACACCAUUAAAAUGUUUGUGGUUUGCUUGGCUGUAAUUUUCAAAGUAGUUAAUUGAGGACAAAGGGUAAUGCAGAAAUGAUAGCUUUGGUUUGCUGAGUCUUGUUUUAAGUGGCCUUGAUAUUUAAGACGAUUCCUGCUGCCAUUUCUUCUCCUUGGCCACAUUUCCUUGCAUCUCAUCUUCCUGCAUGCUGGUUUUUUUGCUUCUCUCCCGCACCACCUCAUGGUAUGAGUUAUUUAAGAACGAAAGGGGCAAACUAGUAGACUAUGUCAAGUUUAACAUAAAGCACUGAUUUAACUUGCUAAGUAAACUGAAAGAUAAUCUCUAACUGCCUACUAUCCAAUGUCAAUUGGUGUCUUCCCCUCAUUUGUUCCCUCUCCAAUACUACCUAUAUUCCAGAUUCCUUCAUUUGCUGUUUUACUUGUAUGUUCCUUUUCUCCUUCUUGGUUCCCUUCCUGUCUUACUCAUUGAGUUUAUGAAAUGGAAGAAUUAACUUGCAUGCACUAGUGUUUGGAGGGUGUUGUGGUUUGUCUUUCUAAUUAGGUGUACGGCCUAUUCACUUUCCCAAGAAUAAAUCUCUUAACCUAAAUUUGAGUAGUCUCCAUUUUGGCAACUCCUCUAGCAGUUUGGUAGCCCAGUAAAGGUGGUGGUUUCUCAGUAAAAAAAAAAUAUGGGAUGGAGGAGCGAAUUUUAUAAACAUGUUUGCCAAAUGUAUUUGAGAUUUGGCCUCUGAAGAACACUUCAGUGUUAAGUUGUCUUUACCUUAAGAUUUAGAAGUACUUUAGAAUAUUAUUAAUUUUAAGUCCCAUCUUCGCAUCCUUUUGGAAAACUUGUGGAUUUGGGAAAAGGACAAGAAAAGGCUUUUCAUGCAAAGAUAAGAUCUCUAGCUUUCUCUAACCCUGUCCAUUUUUCACUUUAUUUUUCUAGUUUUGCUUCAUUGCUUAUCAUUAGGAUAGGGUAAGUUAAGUUCACUAUGCUGCUAGCAUCCUAAGAUGAUACCUUUGUUGAAAUAAUUGUGAAUAGCAUGAUUCAUUUCUAGCAGAGGCUGAGUUUAGGACAGCAGCUUCCAUUGAAAAGUCUCUCUGUGUUGUGAAUAGCAUUUUAAUGACCUCUUGGCUCACAUAAACAAACAACAUAGGGACUUAUCUGCUAUGAAAAUACAUGAGUUUUUCAGAUAGAGCCCUAAAAACAAUUUUAUAUGCCUCACUGAUUGUUGUUCUUAGCGUUUUCCCUCACUUGACUUUAUCAUUGUUUACUACUAGUAAAAAGCAGCAUUGCCAAAUAAUACCUAAUUUUCCAGUAAAAUAAAAUAAUGAGAUAUUAAGCUUUUCAAAAAGUUUUAGAUUAAACUGUGUUAAUGUAUUUGUUGUUUCCCUUUAUCUGGAAUGUGGCAUUAGCUCUUUAUUUUUAACCUUCCUUAAUUCUUACUCAAUUUAAUGACUUAAGGUUUGAGAGCUAAACACUGGGAUUUUUGGGUAACAGACUGACAGUUUUGUUUGCAUAAUUAUAAUCGGCAUUGUACAUAGAAAGGACAUGGCUACCUUUUGUUAAAUCUGCACUUUCUAAAUAUCAAAAAAGGGAAAUGGAGUGUAAAUCAAUUUUUGUAUAAUCUGUUUGAAACGUGAGUUUUAUUUGCUUAAUAUUUAGGGCUUUGCCCCUUUUCUGUAAGUCUCUGGGGAUCCUGUGUAGAAGCUGUUAUCAUUAAACACCAAACAGUUAAGUCCAUUCUCUGGUACUAGCUACAAAUUCGGUUUCAUAUUCUACUUAACAAUUUAAAUAAACUGAAAUAUUUCUA